AUGCCAACAUCCUUCAGCGAAGACUGGCUUUUGGUCCCCGAGUCAAAGAACACUCCGGCCGACACUUUAAGAUGGACGACAUCGAUUUCUCGAUCUCGCGUAUCAACCGUGGACGGUCUCGGGUUCAGUGAGAAUGUCACUUCAGAGGCAAUGAACAGCCUCGAAAGCCUGUUACGAGCCGUUCAGGAGUUAAAACUCAAGAGACUCUACACCUCCGAUCUAGAAGAGCCCCAGUUCGUUGCUGCCGGAGAAACCUUUUCUGUUUCUCAGUGCAGAUACCAAGGCUCUGUGGUCGCUAUCAAACGCAUUCGAAUCGACGAACAUGGCAAAGAGUCUGAUAGGCGACACUUCCAGCGACGGCUGCAAUCAGUCUUGCGCGAAAUUCUGAUCAUGUGCCAUCCGCCGCUGGCGCAUCAUCCCAAUGUCAUCAGUUUACUGGGAUAUGGCUGGACUGUGGAAGAACAGCGAACCUCGCCCUUUGUUUCGGUUGAAUUUGCUUCGAAGGGGUCACUCAGGGAGUACAUAAAAGAGGGGCAGUCGAUGAAGACAAAACUUAUUCUCAUGGGCGAUGUUGGCGCUGGGUUGAUGGCGUUGCAUAAAUGUGGCAUUAUCCACGGGGACUUGAAGAUGGACAAUGUCGUUGUUUUCGCGUCACUAGAGCGCCCAUCGGGGUCAGUCGCCAAGGUCUCGGAUUUUGGUCAUUCAAUUCUGGCAAGCUCUACCCCGAAGAAGAGAACGCAGUACUUUGGCACAGCCCUCUACAAUGCUCCGGAGGUGAGUACACAGAGAAGUCAGCCAAUUCCGGAAGAUCAGCUUCAUAAAUGCGACAUCUGGGCAUUUGGCCUGUGUGUGUGGGAGAUCCUGGCAGAUGGGCAAGUGUAUUUCCAACAUACUUGGCAAAGCAACCCACUUUAUAAGCGGUCUUCUUCUAACGAAAACUCUUGGACCAUGGUGAAAUCAUCUUCAACCUCGGAUACCCAUGAUGAGACCCUUGAAAAGGGCGGUCAGCGAGUCUCUGGCCGCUUCGACCCCUCGAACCUCAAGAUCCUCGCCGUUGAAUUUGUGAACGGGCUAAAAAUACCCGGCGUGGGCUUCGAAAAAGGAAUGCUACGACCGUUGCUAUCACGCACUCUACAGACUGAUCCUAACAAAAGAAUCUCCGAUCUGAGUCGGCUUCCAAUCAUCAGCUUCUGGAACAAAGCACCAGGUGGACACUACCUUCAAUCGAAACUCGCGACAUACACUAUGUCGGGAGAUAUCCGUUACUCUAUUUUCAGUAGAGAUAACGGCCCCUAUAUAAUUUGGGAACAGCAGCAACAGCUCUUACAGGACUUUGAAGCAGGGGCCGAGAGAGCUCAGCCUGGAAAGAAAGAUGGGUCUGACGCCUUCCAGACAAUGUUGUGCUAUGUCAACGCCUUUGGCACCUCCGGAAAUCUGGCGAAGGCCACCAAAUUUCUUCAAAAGGCUGAGGAGGAAGGAAAUUUGAUUGCUCGGCUUUUGGGCCCUCGGAUUCUUGAUGGAUUUACCAAUACCUCAUGUCUUCGAAAGACCUAUAGUGAGAGUCUGGCACUGUGUUUCAGCAUUACCCAGCAACCCCAAAUGCCCUCCAACGUUUUUGACUUCAAAAGCUCUUCAAUUUCGGAGCAUUUGAGUUACGAGGUAUUUCGAGAAGUAGUGCUCAGUGGGGAGCUUGAAAAAGAUGUUAUCGAGGUGAAGGGCCUAAUUCCCAACACCGGAUCUUCUGUACGCCUCCGCGCACUGGACUUAUCCAUUCAGCACGGCGACUGUGAGCUAGUAGAUGCUCUUCUACACAAAAUUGAGAGUAAUGACGAUUUAAACAGCGAAGGAAAGCUACUUGUUAUACAGGCCGCUUCUCGGGGCCACGGUAGUAUCGUCACUCGCCUCUUAAAAGCGGGAGCCCCCAUCACCCCGCAGAAAUCGAGCUCCCUUCUUCAUUGGCUUUUCUGCUUGGACGAACAGAGCUUGACAGACGUUCAGUCACAUCUAUUGGAAAACUCUUAUGACUUGCCCCUCGAGGCCUUGUUGAACGAAGCAAGUACGGAGAAAUUUACCGUCCACUCGCAAUGGCCAUUUCAGGUCCAUGGAACACCCCUUGCUAUUGCUACUGCAGCUGGGAAUGUUGCAGCUGUCAAGGUACUUCUGUCAUUAAACGCAAAUCCUCUAGCCCCAGCAUUCGCAGUUGUCGAGGGCGACUCGUCUCCUUCAGUGACGCCCAUCCAUCUGGCAGUACGCUACCAUUUCCCUAUGAUUCUUGAAUUGCUAUGGCAAACAGCCUUUAGCGAGAAACAAAUUACCGUUACGAGGCAUCAUCUGUCUCGUUGUUCGGCUCUGGGUUCAUUCCCAAUUGCUUGUGCCCUGAGCUUACUGACCAACGCCGAACGGUUUGCAAUCCACAGCAGUACCUACAAGGAAGCCCUUCGAAUAACAAUCCUGCUCCUCUCCACGGACAUCCUCUUCCAGUCAUCUCCCGAAGGCAAAAGUGCACUCACACAGGCAAUCGAUCUUGAAGACGUCGAUACCGUGGAGCUUCUACUUCAGCAUUGCCCCGUACUUGCGAGUAGAAAGCUCGAACAGCCAAAUUGUCAAGAAAUGUUCACAUAUCCGUUACACUUUGCCGUGCAAAUUGGUUCCUGUCGCGAUACCGAAGAGUCCGUUAGUAUUUUGAAGCUUAUUCUUCAACUCGAUCCUGUCGCAAUCGAUCGGUUGGACAGUUCAUCGGUUAAACCAAUACACGUCGCAGCAAUGGGGACAUCGACUCGGAUCAUGGAAUACCUACUCAGCCUCGGCACGUCCUGUGAUGACCUAGACUGCCAUGGGCAAAGUCCCUUACACUUCUGUAUCACUGCGUCCAACGCAAAGCUGCUACUUUCGAAAGGUGCAAACAUCGACCAAAAAGAUAAGCUGGGCUUCACUGCGGCUCAUUCAGCGGCAAGCAAGGGCAACGAGGACGUUCUCCAAGCUCUCAUCAAUGCGGGGGGCAACCUAUCCUCCCAAGACAAUAAAAUUGGGACUCCGCUCCAUUGUGCCAUUGAGCGGAAGUCACGCACAAUGGCAGAGAUGCUCCUCAAGGCCGGAGCUGAUAUCAAUGCCCAAGACAAGCACGGAAGAACACCACUUCUCAUGGCUAUGAAUAUCGGACGCUCAGAUCUUGUUCUUUUCCUAUUUGAAAAUGGUGCACACCCCUUCAUCGAAGACAACGCUGGCUCCUCACCGUUCCUCAUGUCCCUAGCGUGGGAAAGCUCGAACAUUCUAUCCAGAUUCCAAAACCACAGCUAUUUCGAACAAAUUUCUUGGGAGGCCAAACUCAAGGCCUUGUACUUCGCAGCGGAGAGCGGCGAGCCAAAACCCUUGAAGGAAUACCUACGAAAACUUCCGAAGCCGCCCACCCAGGUCUACGACUGUGAAUAUCCCGGCAUGGUAUCGGCCAUCCACAAGUGCGCUGCUUCCUGCAGGGCAGAUCUCCUCGAGGUGUUACUAUCCGCCGGCUUUAAAGUGGACUCCCGCGACGCUGCUGGGAAUACCCCCCUUAUUCUAGCCAGCCGGGCCGGUCGAGGCAAGAAUGACACCCACGCAUACCUGCGCACGUACACGUGUCAGAGACUUAUAGAAAAUGGAGCUGAUAUUCUCGCAAAACAUAAUGGAGGUUUGACUGCUUUCAAGAUUGCUCGCGCUCAUCGCGAUUACCCGCUCAUGACACUUUUUCUUGAGCGUGUCCUGGAAAUGAACGACCUUGAUACACAGGCAAGGCGGUCUCGGAUACUUGAUUCAAUCACGGACCCAAGCAAAGAAAAGGAAUUCUGCAAAGAAGCCAGAGCAAUGAUCGGGAAUGAAAUAUUUGAGGCAAAGCUCAUCCAAGACGCAGUCCUAAAGGAGGAAUGGGACUUCAUCAUGACCUGCAUUGGCGGCUGCUUUAUCUUCAAUGACCAGUUUGGUUCGAGAGAUUUCAACGGGAACGCUGGGUGGGGUAUGACUGAUCUGGACAUGGUCCGCUACUAUUCCGCUCUCAAAGACCGGGACAUGGUGCGCUGGAUUUUCCUUGAGAUAGGGGACCCGAGAUUUGAAGGAAAGUGGGAUGUAGGAGGACGAAACCUGAACAUGGAGUUCCGUGAGACGAAGGGCAGUGCUGAUGAGCUUCUCUGGCCGGGGCAAGCCAAAAUAUUAUCGAAUCUCGAUAGGUCGAUUCUAAUGGGGCCAAUCCAAUAUAUUCAUGCGCUGGACACCGUGCCAGUUGGGCGAAGAGUGUCAAUGGGUCUGAGGUCGAUGAAAUUCCAGGCACCACUUGAUCUGGAAGACGUCUCCGAAUAUGAACUUGAUCACAUGAUAGACAUGAUAAGGAUGAAUAUUCAAGAAGUGGAUGCCUUGUCUAAAAUCUUACAAGACUGGCACAAUAAAAGGAAUCAGAUCAGAGAUCAUGGGGAUAAGAUGGACGACCUGGAAUGGGCUCGGGGGCAAAUUGAGAAGAUUCAGCUUAAUUUGGAUGCUCCGACGCAGACGCACUCUUCUUUGAUGACUAGUUGUUCGGCAAAGCAAUCAAAGCCAGAGUGGAAGGCUCUAUAUCAACGUGAACAAGCCGGGUCAGAAAAGCUGACAAAUUUAUCGGAAGCAGUCAAUACAGCUACUGAGCAGCUUGACCGGGCACUAGACAUGAAAAGAGGUAAUGUGUAA